AACAAUGGUGACGUCUCAAAAUACUCACAGUGACAUGUCAAAACACAUGGGCAUGGAAUUCGAACUCGAUCGAAACGUCUCAUAGCCAAUCAUUUCUGACCUUCCAGCGUCAAGGCGGUCGCUUUAGCUCCUGGCUUUCUUGCGGUGGCAGCUGUGAAAGAGUCCGAUCGAGCAGGUUGCAUCAGGCGCGGCUUUCUUUGCCUCGACUCGCGUAGCGAUGAUGCUGGACGCUAAAGCGAAGCACAAUCUUCUCUCGCUGGACGCGGCCAGCCUUGGAUUGCAAUUGCCAGGGACAUCUCCUCCAGCAGCCGGAGUUGGCGCUUCCCGAACAGCAGCGACCGGGGUACCUUCUCUGCUGCUUGGCGCUGGUGGCUGGAACGGCGCGCUUCAAAACGGCCAGAUCCCCCUGCUUGGUUCCAUGCAGUUUGCCGGGCACGGGGUCCUUCCACAGGCCAUGCCAGGACUGCCUCCGCUUCCACCAGCUGCUGCUGCUGCGGUAGCCGCCAAGACACUGCUCCCUUCGGGCAACAUCGCAGCCAGCGUUGCUCCAGCACAAGCAGCAGCAGAUCCCAGCUUGGCAGUGCCAACACCACCGCUGGCCGCGUCACCCCCGGCUGAGCCCAGCGAUGGCUCCAGCCCCUCGACCUCCCAAGCAAGCCACGAGGCUGCUGCCGGUGGGGGCAGCCCGCCACCUGCAGCAGCAGCAACAGGUGCUGCCCUCGACAUGUCGCUCGUAGGGCCGCCCCCGACCUCUCUCGCGCAUGCGGCCUUUGCAGUCCUGAGCAGCAACGGCGGUGUUAAGGCAGGGCUGGGACUGCCGCCGGCCAUGCCCGGCGUUGGCGUCGGCGCUAUCGCAGCCGCCGCACAAGCAGCAGCCUCCGCCAGCGGUGUCAACACGCCCAGCCUUUGGCUGCACCCCUCUCCAGGCGGCGCGUUCAACCCUGCCGGCCAUCCCGCCUGCCCCAAGCCACCGCAGCCUCCCACCUUCAACCGAACUAGCGGAGGAGGAGGAGGCGGGGGCCUAAACCUUACCUCAGCAGAUGGCUCAGACCCUGUAGCUGCUGCUGCUGCGCUGGACGCCUCCAUGUGUGCUCUUUUUCCCAUGGGUCGGCCGCCGCUGGCACCCGGCGGGCCGGCUCUGUUCCCCUCCAGCCUCGCAGACCACCCUGCAGCGGGCAUUGGCUGCAGCACCAGCUUUGGCGGCAGCGGCAGCGGGCACUUUGGAGGCGUAGGGCUGCCGGGCGGGACACCGCUGGGCGUCAGCCCGUCUAGCCUGGGCACGUCCCCUGCGGCCGGCAGGCUAUCCUCCCGGCGCCGUACCAGCGGCACCAACGUGCUGAGCUCCUCCGUGGGCGCCAAGGCCAGCUCCUCGGCGCCCGCUCUGUCCGUGAAGCCGGACAAGUCGGGAGCCACCAAGUACCGGGGGGUGCGGCAGCGGCCCUGGGGGAAGUUCGCGGCGGAGAUCCGCGACCCGCACAAGGGCUGCCGGUUAUGGCUUGGAACGUACGACACGGCGGAGGAGGCUGCACUGGCGUACGACAAGGCCGCCCGGGAGAUCCGAGGGCCUCGCGCUGUCGUGAACUUCCCCAACAUUAACCACACCGCAACCACCAUGCCUCACGAGGAGGAGAGCGGGCAGUGGGACCAUCACCUGGUCAGCUCCUCCCUCGGCACCUCACCCGUCUCAUCCAGCUUCGCAGCCGGCACGCCUCCCCUAAUGGGCGGGUCCGCUCCCGGAGGCCGCCACAGCAACCCGGGCGCGCACCCCCACCACCAACCAGGCAUGCCGCAUGGCCUGAUGCCACACCGGAACACCUUUGGCGGCUUUUCCAAUGGUUACAAACGGGGAGGAGGAGGCGUUGGAGGUGACCCGGAGACGAUUGCGGAGGGCGAGUCGGAUGUGGAUAUGGACGAGGGGAUGAUGGAUGAGGCCGACGGCAUGGCGGAGGAGGGGGGCUUGUACGGCAACGCCGGUCGCAGCAGCGGCGGAGGCGGCGGCGCCGCUCGCACCCGCUUGAAUGUCGUGACGGGCGUUGCGACGACGGUACGACCGUCACGUCCGGCGGCUGCGGCGGCCGUGGCGGCGGCAACGGCGGCGGCGGCGCGGGGCGGUUUGGAUGAGGAUUUUGACGGAGAGUUUGAGGAUGAUGGGGACAUGGUCCCAAGAGCAGCGGCGGCGGCUCAUCCGCCCAUGCGUGCUGGCAGCGGCAGGCGGCAGGCGGCGACCAUGGAUGUUGAAGACGAGUUGGCGGAACUGGCGGACGCGCUGUUGCUGCUGCAUGAGAGCGCGUAAUCCCGGCUUGUGGAUGUCCCCCUUGGGAAGAGGCUUUGGUCUCCGUUUUCUCCUCCGUUUGCAUGAAUAACGCGGGUAAACCCUAUAGACACUGUGCUGCUUACUGUACGGUUCGCGAGGUGUCGUGGCCCCCCCUGUGCCCCUCCGGUCGGCAUUCCUUGUGUUGUUGCAGCCCUCUCGUUGGCCCUCCUGCGCGGUGCCGCGCAACGGGUUGCAACAAUGCCUCGUGUAGUAUUAUGAAGUGAUGGCCAAGCGGUUAUGCCAACGAUAAAGGCACAGGGCACGGCAGGCGCAUGAUGUUUAGAUAUGCAGAGUCAUCUUUCUUCUCGCUUUGCAUAAAAGGUUCGCUUUGUCGGGAUCGGUUCAUUUGCCUCUUAUCUCUCCUUGUACGUUUGCGUGCCCCUGGGGGUUAUUAGAUUCGCUGCUGAUGUGGGGCUUGCUUGAUGGUAUGCUGGGUGGGAUGGCGCGGAGCAGAGACAUGGGUCUUUCGUAGUUUGCAGCUGUGAUGUGGGUUGUUUGGAUACACUGUCCUUAUCCAUAAUAUUUAGGAUUUGCAUAGGCUUUAUUCUUGGCCGCCUCUGCAGCCGGUUACAGUCGUAAGGGUUCGUACUUGGCUUCUGAUGGUUCUAAAGGAUGUGGGUUGCAGCCUGGGCUGUUGCUCGCGCCGGCAGCCUCCGCAGUCGGGUCUGUGUCAAGCUGAUAACAGUCGUGGGGGCGGACGGAUUGAUGUUGCGGGUUUCGGUGUCGGUCCCCAGUGCUGGUGCGCUGCAACGGGGCGGCUCAGGGGCUGAGGACUUCACGCGUGGAAAGGAACGGAUUGGAUUGGAAUUGGCUUAUUCACUAUGGAUGUGUGGGCUUAUGGAGAAAGGCAAGGAGCCAGAAGAAGAAGAAGCAGUAGGUAGGUUUGCCGUGUGUUGAAUUGGAGGUUCAGACCUGUGCCAAGACUCCGUUAGUUUCUUACUUGAUAGCUUGUUGUUGUUGUUGAGGCGCAAAUAUCCUGGGCUCGCAUACGGUUGCGGCUUGCUGCGCCGGCGGCUGUGUCGCAGUUGUGGGUCGCUAAGGCGCCAGCGGUUGGGGCGCUGUAGCUUGUCCCUGUGUGUGCGAGUUGGCCCCGAGCUUGGUUGCGAAGGAGGGCCUGUCGGGCCGCAGCCACAGCCACAAUUUUGCUAAAAUUUGCGGUUUGAGGGUUCCGCCUGGUCCAAUUUUGGAUUAUACCGUAUCUGCAGAGCGCUUCUUUACCCAUGGAUGAGUUUAUUGGAACCAUGCAAGGUGCACGUAACCGUGCGGAUGGGGAUUUUCCGUGUCCCAGACGCGAGGUUGCUUGACGGUGCGAACGGGCGCCGAGUGCGUCAUAUGUCUGACUGACAGCCGCAUCCGCACCACAUGUUGGAUUGCAGAAGAAGAAGAAGUUGAGAGGGGUCCUCCGUUGAAGAAGCAAGCGAGGGUGGCAAAUGACGGUGGUUAGUUGAAGGAGUGUUGUGGUCGUGUGGGGGUCGAGAAGAUACAUAGGCGAGGCGAUUGGGCCGAGGGGCAGGUAGGCUGGUCUGGUAGGGCCUUGUGACCGUGCGUUAGGCAGCUGCGUGCUUUGGCGGAUUGACGCAUACCUACAUUUAGACGAGCAAGGGCGAGGAAGGGGAGUUACGAGGAAAGGGGACAGGAGGACGGCAGAGGGUGUAGACAACAUGCCGUACCUCGGCGGUUGUUGUCAAACACAGGCGGGUCUUUGGAGGCCCCCUGUGCCGUGUACUUGUACCGCAAGCAGCGGGGGCGGGAGGAUGUGGGAUGUCAAGUGGGUUUCGAAAGAGAUUGGUGGGUUGCAGCGCCAAUCAAGAUGGGCUUUCUUGUCCCCACACAUUUGUGCAUUGACAUUGUAUAACGUCGGAAGGGGCAUCUUGCGUGUUGCUCGGGGUUUGCCUGAUUGCGGCUGAAGUGCGGUGUUAGCGCGUGCAGUGGUGGUCGCAGCUGCUGUGGUUAAGCGGCCAGCAGGGUAUGCAGGGGGGCUCGGUACUGAGGUGUGGAGUAGCAGCUCCAAGCGGGAAACGGCAAACCCGUUGCAGAACACCGGUUUGCGCUUUCCUUCAUCUUAAAGCCCGACAUGCUGCGGACGGUUGUGGUGGGAGAUGUAUCAGGGGUCGUUGGAAUGCCGUGAAACCCCAGCUGGAUUACACGCAAGGAGGCACGAGGCCCGCUCGCCCGCCCGCCACAGGCGAGGCGUCAUUCUUUGGCUUAACUUUUUCUGCACAUGUAUUUUAUGUUUCGUAUUGUGAAGGGGGUGCGGACACGAUUGCCUGCCAUGCAGUCGCCAUUGCGUGUGCGCCGGUAUGUGUGUGUUAUGGUGCUGUCGUGGUCAACGAUUACGGGUACUAAGCCGCCUCGUAUAGCAAGUGAUGUUUAUUACGUGUCAUGUUCAGUCGUGUCAUGCAAAUGGCUCGCGGUCUCCUCACAUCUGUAACUUUAUCAUUAAA